UGCUGGCUUGCUGGUAGAUAUAAAAGGUAGUCCUUAUCUCCUCUUAUUGUUUAGGUUUUCUUAGCGAGUGUCACCCUUGCUCUCAGUACUGAGCUUAAUCCAACUUCACAAAGGUUGCGAAGAAGGACACGGCACCUCCACCUUCCUCCGAUCCCGCCAAAUCUGGUGGUGGCAAGCCGCCUUCACUUCUCCCUGAUCGUUCGAGGUACCGCGAUCAGUACCAGAAUAAGGAUAAUCUUCCUCGCGCAUCACCCCACCAGAUUUUAGUAUGUAUUCAAAAGCACUAUUCAUCAAUCCUCCAUUGCAUCCAAAGUCGCACGGUUCAUCCGGAUCACACUGCACAUUGAAAUCGAUCCAACUUAUAAGAAGGAAAUGAUUGUUUGUUGGCACUGCAGAUGGACGGUAGGUUUGCUGAAGAGCUUUAUGCUGAAAGUUUAGAACUGUCCAAAUUAGAACUCACGUCGACCAUUGCUGUUGAUGAAGAAGACAAGUUAAACGAUCGUGGUGGUGGUGAUGAUUUUAGUUUCUGGGAUGAUUCUGAUGACAAGUUGGAUAGUUCGUUGGAUUUGGACAGGGAGUGGCAGAGGAGGCACGACCAAUUCCAUACGAUUGGGUAUCGAGAUGGUCUUAUAGCCGGGAAGGAAGCUUCUGCUCAAGAGGGAUUCAAUAUUGGUUUUAAGCAAUCGGUUCUUGAUGGUUACAGUUGGGGUGUUGUAAGAGGUGUUACCAGUGCUUUUUCUCAUCUUCCACACGAAUUAAAAGAGAGGUUGAUUCCACCACAAGAAAAGAGGAGCGAAUUUCAAGGGCUGUAUGAAUCUGUGCAUUCUUUGUCAACACCAGAUGCUCUUGGAUUGUUUGGUGAAGAAAUCAAAGCAAGAGAAGCUUUGGAACAAAGUGAACACUCGGAACAAUCCUGCCAUGGCUCUCAACUGAGAAAUUAUCGUGGACAACUUGAAUCUCUGAUUAGUGAAUCUUCGGCCAUUGAUAUUCAUUUGACCUGAACUAAAGUAAAUGGCGAUCCCUGAAUUUUAUGUGAUAUACUUCAGUAUAGGAUGAUAUGAUCUUUUUGUGGUACACAUUUUACAACAUUAUGAUUGUAAAAACAGACCAAUGGAUGUAAUUGGUUAGUUUUAUUACAACUUUGCAGAUUUUCCUUUUUCUUA